AGGCAGCAAUGUUCCACAAGAAGGUGACACAAGCCAUCCAAUGGGAGCAACGAUUAUUUAAGAGUUCACAAGUGGGAAGGGCAGGGACCGGUAGUGCACUUGUACUGUGUGCCGAGGCGUGAGGCCUUGGCGAUUUGAUUCUGGUAUUAAAAUUGUUUUAGUGUGGAUUGAAUAACAUAUUGCAUCUACCCAGACAGCUUUCGCAUACUUCUGCUGGUAUGGGAAGUAACAACAGCACCCGCCGCGUCUCCUUUGAAUCGGACGAGAAUGACAACGUUACGGUUGUGAAGGGCAUUAGGCUGUCAGAGAAUGUCAUCAAUCGUAUGAGAGAGGCCCCCUCUCCUCCAGUCCGCCCCCGAUCGCCACCAAGACUCCCGAUGCCUCCGCUCGCCGUGGAACCUGUGGCCCCUGUGUUGGCACCUCCCACCUUUAAGUCUGUGCCUCCCCCUGCUGAAAGUGCUGCCCCCCCUCCCAUGCUGCCUCCCAUUAUGGAACCUGCCCCAGCACCACCUCCGGCUCCCAUGAGUGACACUGUGCCCCCACCUCCACCUGCUCCAACAAUUUUGGAAACCGUAGUCCCCAUUCCCGCACUUCUCCCAGCGGAACUGGUGUCCUCACCUCCUCCCGCUCCCCUUGCUGAACCUGUAGCUCCUCCCGCUUCCCCUGCUGAACCUGUAGCUCCUCCACCCCCUGUUGCCGAACCUGUAGCCCCCCCUCCACCCCCCGUGAUUGAACCUCUGGCCCCUCUUCUGGCUCCGCUCGUUGAACUUGUGUCCCCCCCUCCUCCACCACCACCCAUGGUGGAACCUAUCACCUCUCCCCUUCCUGUUGUCGAACCCGUAGCCUCCCCUCCUCCACCUCCUGUUGUUGAACCGGUGGUCCCCUCUCCAAGCCCCGUGAUUGAGCCCAUUGCCCCUUCUCCACCGCCUCUUAUUGCAGAACCCAUUGUUCUCCCUCCUCCCCUUGUUGAAACAGUGGUUCCCCCACCUCCCCCUGUUGAAAUCAUUGCCCCACCUCCCCCUGUUGAAAUCAUUGCCCCACCUCCCCCUGUUGAAAUCAUUGCCCCACCUCCCCCUGUUGAAAUCAUUGCCCCACCUCCCCCUGUUGAAAUCAUUGCCCCACCUCCCCCUGUUGAAAUCAUUGCACCCCCUCCCCCUGUUGAAAUCAUUGCCCCACCUCCCCCUGUUGAAAUCAUUGCCCCACCUCCCCCUGUUGAAAUCAUUGCCCCACCUCCCCCUGUUGAAAUCAUUGCCCCACCUCCCCCUGUUGAAAUCAUUGCACCCCCUCCCCCUGUUGAAAUCAUUGCCCCGCCUCCCUCUGUUGAAAUCAUUGCCCCGCCUCCCUCUGUUGAAAUCAUUGCAGCUCCCACUGUCGAAAUCAUUGCUCCUCCUCCUGUCGAAAUCAUUGCUCCUCCUCCUGUCGAAGUCAUCGCCCCACCUCCCCCUGUCGAAGUCAUCGCCCCACCUCCCCCUGUCGAGGUUACCCCCCCUCCCCUUAUUGAAGCCAUUGCCCCUGCCACUGUUGAAAUCACCGCCCCUCCUCCCCUUGUUGACCUGGCUCCCCCACCUGCAGCAGUUGACAUUUUUGCUCUGCCUCCACUUCCACCUGUUAACGAGGAAGACCUACGGAGGAAGAUCGCGGACGAGCUGCUUCAGGAGCUGGAGCAGGAGAGGAGCAUCAGGGAGAUGGAGAUGCUCCAGCGGCUGGAUGAGGAGAAGGCCCAGGUGACGGCCCGGGCUGAAAUGCGUAUCCAGGACGAGGUGGGGCGGAUCCUGAACGUGGAGCGGGCGACCAGCCAGGAGUCCAUCAAGCGGGCGGUGCUGAAGGAGCGAAUCACAGCCGAGGACGAGCGUCUGCGCGCCCAGCUCUACGGGCUGGAGCGUAAGGUAAGGUUGAAGGAAGGAGAGUCUGAGGCCCAUCAGCUGGAAGAGAAGGACAGAGAGCUGAGGAAACAGGAAGCCUUCUACAGGGAGCAGGUGGCCAAGCUGGAGGAGAGGAGUGCAAAGUUCUACAGAGUCACCACAGAGAACUACCACAAGGCUGCUGACGAGGUCAACGCCAAGUUCAAACGCGUUGAGAUUAAGCCCAUCUGCGCUGAUCUGCAGGGACAGAUCCUGAAGUGCUACAGGGAGAACACUGGCCAAACGCUGUCCUGCUCCAGGAUCGCAUCGCUCUACCUGCAGUGUGUCAACGACGCCAAACAGAAUGCCAAGCUGGAUCAACCUCAGCUACAGGCUGCACAGAUAACAAGAUGAGAACAGGAGGUUAGCGUCCCGUGCUGUAGCCAAGUAGCCGUGUUUUCGUGUUUUGCCGUUAUGGACCAGGAGGUGAAGAAUCAUGUCCAGAUACACAACCGACCCAGGAGAACAGACCAGCGACUCGGACUGCAGCGGCCAAAGAGGGAGAUCAACUUUCUGUUUCUACAGCGCCUGGAGGGAAUGCGUUCACUAUCCACUGGCUCCUGUCUGACUCUUCCUACAUCACUAGGAGGGUAUAGGUCACUAUCCACAGGUUCCUGUCCGACUCUUCCUACAUCACUAGGAGGGUAUAGGUCACUAUCCACUGGCUCCUGUCUGACUCUUCCUACAUCACUAGGAGGGAAUAGAUCACUACCCACAGGUUCCUGUCCGACUCUCACUACAUAAGGAGGGAAUGGGUUUACUAUCCGCUGGUUUCGGCCUACCUCUCCCUACAUUCCAAGGAGGGAGUAGGUUUAUCUAUUGGUUCAUGUCUACCUCCCCUUGUGUCUCAAUGAGUAAAUAGGUCUACUACCCACUGGUCCCUGUCUACCUCUCUCUAUAAGUGUCAAGAUUGGUUUGUAGGUUCACUUACUCUUCUCUGUCUACCUCUCCCUACUCUGCAAGAUGGUUUCAAGGGUUCACUGCCACACAGGCGACCAGUAAUGCAACAGGAAGUGAUGCGCUGUGUGACCUCUGGACUCAGACCUCUUUACAUGGUCCGGGUCCAGGGUUCAGGAACAGCCUCACGCAAAAAAAAAACUAAUCACAGGCACCUCGCUCGCCGCCACCAGACACACCCCGCCAGGGGCGUGCACGUUUCCCCCGCUUCUCUCCCUGGCCACGCGUCGACAGUAAAACUAAAGCGGGUUUUGUAUUGCUUUUUUUCCGCUUAUCGUGACAGCCCUGCGUCCCUUUUGGGCAUCCUCUCUUCAUCUCGCUCUCUGUACGUGCCGUAGCGUCGAAGGCCUAGCUGCUUGCUUUUGUUUUGAUCCGCACGAGUCGCAUCAAGUGUUGCACAUGGGGAAAAAAAAAAUAAUGAAAUGCUGUAAUUGUUUCUGAACAUGUCCUAUCAAUAAUACAUUUGCUGCACAUGCUCCAGUC